AUGGCCGUUACCCUCGUUGCUGGGCUCCUUGAUCAAGCCUCCGCUCUCCCUUCCGAUCUCCCUUCCGAGUUGGUCGCCUGGGAUAGCAACACACUUCCUACAGUCACGCUCCAAAGAGACAUGAACCGAGAGGACCUCGCAAGUGCCUUCCUCAACUAUCACAGGGAGACCUACCCGGAUGAAAUCAAGGUGCAAUGCCAAGGGGCCAUCUGUCCGGAUAUGGGCUCCUGCGGACCACAUUUCCCCAACCUUCGGGCAUGCCACCAGCCAGAGCUUGCUGACCAGGAAAUUGUUUUUCCCGGGCAGCCCGAGAACUGUCCUGGGAGAACGAAACUGACACCUAAAGAAGCUGCUGCUGUAGCUGCAGCAGCUGCUGUGGCGAGUGUUACUGUGACAGGUGGAGACGGGACAGCGGGAUUACUGUGCAAGCACGGGCACAGGCAGGACUAUUUCUCUCACGAGCGCUACGUUGCACAGUAUUUUGAGAUGAAAGGCGUGCUUAUGUCUGCAUCGGGACUGUUUUUUAACGAAUCAAUGCACUUCAGCAGACAGGGGUGUCAUGCGGAUGGACAGUUUCACUACAAGGCAAAGGACUCCAGGGUGGUACAAGUCAAUGAACUCGUUUCAUUUGUGUACCACCACGGAGGCUGUACCAACCCGUUUACCAGACCUGCGGGAAUCCGAGCCCGAGCCUCUGGCGCACCCUCCGCUCCCGCUUCCUCCUUCCACCGAAUGGACUUCCCAUGUUUUCCGAAGCAUGGGACAUUCGCGAUCCCAUUCAAGAGGCAGCUGGUGCUGUGGGUACUCCUACCGCUAAUGGUGCUAACAGAAAACUAA